UACCCAGAUAUUGAUUCUUUCAUUACAUUAUAUUAGAACCAAAAAACAAAAAAGAGGAAGAGAAAAAUAGUCAGCUGCUGCAUCGAGAUCUUCUUCAUCAACAGAGAAAAGAGAGGAAUUGAGGUUGGUUGAUCAUGGGGAGGAUCAUUAGAGAGGAUCCAGAGAAGAAGAAAGUAGUCUUUCCUGUCGCAGAUCAUCAAAGACUGCCAAAAUCUACCGAUCCUUUCGCCGAUUACAUAGCAUCAAUGAGCUACGUACAAACUCUUCGAAAAGAUAGGGAAAAUAAGCAACUGAACCAGAACCACAAUCCCCCAACCUCCAGCAGAGCUCCUCAUUCUACUAUUGGCAGCGCUAAUGGUGGUGGCAGAGGUCCUAAUACUACUACCGGCAGCGCUAAUGGUGGCGGCAGAGCCCCUAAUACUAAUAUUAGCAGCGCUAAUGGUGGCAGCAGAGGUCCUAAUACUACUACCGGCAGCGCUAAUGGUGGCGGCAGAGCUCCUAAUACUAAUAUUAGCAGCGCUAAUGGUGGCAGCAUAUCCGUUAAUACACCUCCUUCAUCAUCCUCCUCCUCAUUGAUUCAGCUUCACUUCGGAAAAUUAAAGUAUGACCCAUCAUUGUUUAAUACUAGUCACAUAAAAUUCCCUAGUAACCCACCACAAAUUACCUCCUUCUCAUCAUCAUCAUCAUCAUCAUCGGAGGCGGCGCGCAUAUCUAGCUCUGAUAUCCUUAAGUUGCAACAUCUUAUCAAGCUUGCCAUCGACACCGGUCGUUUGCGGAGCAAAUGCAGAAAAUGCGGCAACUCUAUUCAGCAUUGUUGCGAACAAACCAUACUCGAAGCAGUUUCCUCUCUCCCUCCUCCGCCUUCUAAUUCUUAAUGUGUUAGUAAUUAGUGUUGUAUGUAUGGUAUAUUUUUUAUAAUCUGAAGCUCAGCCUCUGACCAAAUUUAGUAAUUUACAGUAGUUAUUGAUGCGGACA